AUGUAUGCGAGGCGAGAUCCGAAUGAACUAGCACAUUUGCUUAAAGUGGUCCACGGAGUAUACCGCGCGCAUCAGGAAGAAACGGCGUUGGCGGAAAUUAUGGAGGAAAUGCAACGAUUCGACACGCAUCCUCUCGCGGUCCUCAGGAUGAUCAUUCCCAUUUAUAAGGACGUUGGUAACUCCGAGAGACCUUCGGCGGACAUAGUUUUCGAGCAACUGAAGGAGUACAUCAAGAUGUACAACGCGAAAAGACCAGACGAACCACCCAUCGCGAUGCUUCUGACGUUAUUUGAGGGCUUUGGUAAUUUGGCGAGACUCAAAUCUUUUUUGUCGGACGUGAAGCCCAACCCCAACUAUGCUCAAGAAGUCAAUCGUAUGGAACAGUUGCUGGCUGAGUUCCAGAUGAGACUUGUCAACAUGUUCGAUGCUCUUGCUCUUGAGGUGGGGAUCGCACCACAGGGACAGCGUUUCUUAGCAAACCACAACAUGGAGUCAUUCAUGACAUACAUCUGGAGAAUCAUUAAUUUACUUCCUCCGGGCCGUCAGAAUAUCUUCGCGGAACUAAAGGUGAUGUCGGAGGCAAAUCCGGCUGCCAUUUGA